CCAGUCGCUUGCAUUCACCCUCAUGCGGUACUUACCGCAGGAGGGGGAUAUGGAGGGGCUCGUAUUUGAAGAGCGGCCGCGCGAUUUUGCCCCGCAAACGAGAGGGAGAAGUCACGGCUUCAACCGCGCGCGGCAACCCUUUGGCGAACAAACGCGGAGCGCACUGACAGUUGAUCGAAAGAGCAGCAGGUGACUUCAAAAGUGCGCCCUGAGGAAACCGAAAGUCCUUCGAGAGUUUCGAAGGAAGAUCCCGAUAUGAAGGUUACCGAAUACCUCUGCUGCACCCUAGCCUGCAUGUGUCUGCUAAAGAUGGCAAGCUCCGAGAUCUCGAGGGACAAGUUCGAACGCCAACUCCUGGAUGCUCUUACAACGGAAAGGACAAUGAAGCCCAAGAGACCCUUUUGCAACGCUUUUACAGGAUGCGGUAGAAAAAGGAGUUUUUCCGCGAGUAUACCCACUCUGCGAGACUCGCAGGACUUCCGCGCGAACGACAACGUUCGACUUCCGGUUUCUCUGUACAGAGCACUACUGCUGAACGCCGCCAAGCAAAACACCUGGGAUGCAAUCGAUCGUGAGGAAUACGAUUAUCGAUUACGACGAAUACCGCAGAUCUAUCUACCGGGUCAAACGCCUCUACGCGACACGUUGGAAAGCUAAUCUGUCUGAUAAAACUUGACGCGUAGACGCCGACCAGGAUUCACGAUUCAGGAUACCUCCGUUAGAGAGAUGUGCGAAUCAAGAAUUUUUAUGUCGAAUCAAAUCGAAUCGAA